AUGACCCUGGUCAAAACACCGUUCAUCAAAGGAUCCGUGUGUUAUUUACCGCAUCACGGAGUGCUUCGGACUUCCAGCACGACCACCAAGUUGAGAGUGGUCUUCAACGGAUCUCAAUGUACGCCUGCCGGAGACUCGCUCAACAACGCAUUCCUGGUCGGAGCCAAUCUUCUGCCAACUCUCGCCGACGUCCUUCUGCGUUGGCGCUGGCACCGCUUCGCCUUCAUCGCCGACAUCGAGAAGAUGUACCGGCAGAUCCUGGUAUAUCCAGACGAUCGAGACCUGCAGCGGAUCUUAUGGAGGCGACAGUGCACCGAUGACAUCCAGGAGUAUCGCCUCAACACGGUGACAUACGGAUUGGCCUGUGCACCGUUCCUGGCGGUCAGGACUCUCCGCCAAUUAGCCGACGAUGAGGAGCCGGCAAACCCGGCGGGAGCAGUGGCGUUGAGGCGCGACUGUUAUGUCGACGACAUCGUCACAGGCGCCAGCACCCUGUCCGAGGCAGUCGAGAAGCAGAGGCAGUUACGCCGACUCUGCACGGCGGGCGGGUUUCCCUUGAGGAAGUGGGCCUCAAAUCAUCAGAAGAUCCUCGAGGAGAUACCACGGGAGCAUCAACUCCAGCAGCCACACCACGACUGGGAGGACGACGCGCAUCCGACGCUUGGGUUACGGUGGCACCCCCGCAGCGACUCCUUCACCUUCCGCCUUCAGCCUCGCACGAUCGCCCCGCUAACGAAACGACAGGCGCUGUCGGAGACGGCUCGAAUAUUCGAUCCUUUAGGCUGGUUAGCUCCAGUCACCGCUUGUGCCAAAAUCCUCAUCCAGUCGGCUUGGAUGAAGCAGUUGGAUUGGGACGCCCCACUGCCUCAAUCAGAUGAGACGCUGUGGAGACAUCUGCUUGAGGAUCUUCCGCUGUUGGAGCAGCUCCGGCUGCAACGAUGGCUGAAGGCCGAUAACCAACCUAAUCACGUAGAGCUCCACGGGUUCGCUGACGCGUCAGAGCGAGGUUACGCAGCCGUCGUGUACCUCCGCGUGGUGAGCUCCUCCUCGACCACGAUCAGCCUGCUUGCUGCAAAAAGCAAAGUUGCACCCAUUAAGCCCGUGUCUCUACCGCGCUUGGAAUUGUGCGCUGCAGUCUUGGUCACUAACCUGACUUUUCAUCUUUGCGAAGCCUUAGACUUGUUUUCAGCUCCAGUUACUCUAUGGUCGGACUCCCGGGUCACUCUUCAGUGGAUACAAGGACACGCCUCGAAGUGGAAAACCUUCGUGGCCAACCGGGUGUCCCACAUCCAGAAGUUUCGUAACUUCCGGAGGCACGCUGGCGACACAUCCCAGGGCGAGACAACCCCGCCGACUGCGCCUCUCGGGGGAUUGAGCCCCGGGACCUGCUCAACCACUCCCUCUGGUGGACGGGACCCCCAUGGCUCGCCAAGGAUCCAGCGGUCUGGCCACAGCACGGCCACGCCACACACGACGUCGAGGUGCCGGAGACGAGAGCAAUCGCCUCCCACUUGA